GUGGAGCACGUGUGAGUCUUUGGCGCUCAGAGAGCCUAGAAUAAAGCGUAGAAGAAGAAGGAGACCCGUUUGUAGCGGCAAUGAAAGGACAGCGUGCUACUUUAAAUUUGAGCAAAACAUAAGUUAAGUGUACAUAAGCGAUUAUAACUACCGAACUACAGGACAAGCAUCAUUUCAAUUUCAGAAGAGACUAUAAGGACUUCGUCGGGAAGAUGUCUUUGGUUUGUGCAAUUUCCAACGAGGUACCGGAGCACCCGUGCGUCUCCCCGGUAUCCAGCCAGGUGUUUGAGCGCAGGCUGAUCGAGAAGUACAUCGCAGAGAAUGGGACCGACCCGAUGAACGGACAACCCCUGUCUGAGGAGCAGCUCGUAGAUAUCAAAGUGUCCCAUCCUAUUAGACCAAAGGCUCCAUCAGCAACAAGUAUUCCUGCUAUUCUCAAGUCCCUUCAGGAUGAGUGGGAUGCUGUAAUGCUUCACAGCUUCACCCUGCGGCAACAGCUACAGACUACUCGCCAAGAACUGUCCCAUGCUCUCUACCAACAUGAUGCUGCCUGCAGAGUCAUCGCUCGACUCACCAAAGAGGUCACUGCUGCGAGAGAAGCUCUUGCCACACUCAAACCCCAGGCUGGAUUGAUUGCCCCUCAGGCAGUCCCCGCCUCUCAGCCAGCCGCAGCAGGUGCUGGUGGAGAGCCCAUGGAGAUUAGUGAACAGGUGGGAAUGACCCCAGAGAUCAUCCAGAAGCUCCAAGACAAAGCUACUAUCCUCACUACAGAAAGAAAGAAGAGAGGAAAAACUGUCCCAGAGGAGCUCGUUAGAUCUGAGGAUCUCAGCAAAUACCGCCAAGUGGCCACGCAUGCUGGUCUUCAUAGUGCCAGCGUCCCUGGUAUUCUGGCUCUGGAUCUGUGUCCCUCAGACACCAACAAAGUUCUCACCGGUGGCGCUGAUAAGAACGUGGUGGUGUUUGACAAGAGCGAGGAACAGAUUGUUGCAACACUUAAGGGUCACACCAAGAAGGUCACCUCUGUCAUUUACCAUCCAUCCCAGUCUGUGGUCUUUUCUGCAUCUCCAGACAACACCAUCCGUGUGUGGUCUGUUGCCGGGGGUAACUGUGUCCAGGUUGUGCGUGCCCACGAGGGAGGUGUCACUGGACUCUCUCUACACGCUACUGGGGACUACCUGCUCAGCUCCUCUGAGGAUCAGUACUGGGCCUUUUCUGAUAUCCAGACUGGGCGAGUCCUCACCAAAGUUACUGAUGAAAGUGCUGGCUGUGCUCUAACUUGUGCUCAGUUCCACCCUGAUGGUCUUAUUUUUGGCACUGGGACGGCUGAUUCCCAAAUCAAGAUCUGGGAUCUGAAGGAGCGCACCAACGUGGCCAACUUCCCAGGCCACUCUGGCCCCGUCACCUCCAUUGCUUUCUCUGAGAACGGAUACUAUCUGGCCACAGGUGCCCAGGAUAGCUCUCUGAAACUGUGGGAUUUGAGGAAACUGAAGAACUUCAAGACCAUCACUCUGGACAACAACUAUGAGGUGAAGUCCCUUGUGUUUGACCAGAGUGGAACCUACCUGGCUGUUGGAGGGUCGGACAUUCGUGUGUACAUCUGCAAACAGUGGUCUGAGGUCCUCAACUUCACAGACCAUACAGGAUUGGUGACCGGAGUGGCCUUUGGAGAGAACGCUCAGUUCCUCACCUCUGCAGGAAUGGACAGAAGUCUCAAAUUUUACAGUUUGUAGAGAAGGAUACAUUUUUGAUUUAAGGGAGGACAAUUUAGAGGAGGAUAAACUGGUCUCUGUCUGAGCAGUCAGUAUCGUGGACACAGACCUGUAAUUCUUAAAAGGAUGAGAGAAAAAAAUCACUGCUAACUUUGCUUUAUUAGUUUUAGUUCUCCUUGCCCAGGAAUGAGACCCUAAACAUUGUCUGCUAUAUGAAACUACAGCAACAUGGUUAGGAUAACAUGUUUAUUGGCAUUGUAAGUCUAAAAUGUAAACGAUGUGAACUGAGAUGCAGAAGCCAGUGAAAUAUUCCUGUCUGAUUUUUCUAGCAAUUAUGAUUUUACUGUAGUAUUCUUCUUUUUUUUUUUUUUUUUUUGUGCGUGUGGGUCUAAAGUUGCUUGGAAUACAACUCCAAAGUGUUGUAGUACACUGAGGACUAAAAUUGUUGGGACAACAAUCUGCUUUGCUUCUUAAUGUAGACCUUCUUCAUUACAGUCUAUUUAGGGUAAGAUGAAAACACAUCUGUAGUGAGGUACAGUACAGCUAAGUGAAAAAUAAACAGGUGUAUAAGAUUAAUGCUCCUCUGGAAAAAAAUAAUCUUGUUUAACCUCCCUUCAAUUUAAUUUCCUCUUUCAUUUGUUGCAUUUAAACUUUUGUCUUUUCCCCAAUUGUAUAUUUCUCAUUACUUGCUAUUUUACCUGUUGCAACUCUGACCUUUUUACAAUAAAAUGAAAUAUCUUUUC